AUGCAAGCUUCAAUUGACCCCAGUCCAUACACAAAUCCCAAUGGAUUCCCAACGCAACAUCAGUUACCACCAUUUGCGCCCGAGAUUGGUAGACACAAUACCCAACACCAUCCUCAAUUUUCCACUCAAUCUCAGCCAAAACUGCCUCCUCUGGAUCAUUACCCACUGACUCCCGUUACGCCAUCAAAUGCCUCUCCAUUUCUUCGAACACCCUCUAGACUAGGCUCCUCGAUCUCGACCCCAGCUCCUCAGUCAAAGCUACAAGCACUUCCUCGAUCCCAGUCUCUAGAGUCUGCUCUCAAAGAUGCAGAUGUCGAAUCCCUCAAAGCAUUACUCAGAGCUGCCGGAAAUUUGUAUCCGCACAUGCGAACGACUACUCUAAGAUUUUUGCUUGGUGACAAAUAUGUCGAAGAGGAGAAAGAGGAGGGAUGGAGUACUAAGGGACUCUUGAAUAAUGAUAAGGUAGAUGGAAAGUCGAUGGACCGGAAAGGAAUGUCUAUUAAUUCGAGAAAGGAACGAAUUAUACCAGGGAAGGGGUUGGUCAUUGACUUGGUGAGUGAUGAUGAGGAUACCUUGCAGAAGAAGAGCCCUCUGGAAGAAGCAUUGAUAAUAGAAAAGAAACGAACUGCGGUGUUGCUGCAAGAAUUAGAGGCAGCGAAAGAGGAGAUAAAGAAUGUCACAAAUAAUUAUCAAAAUGAAUGGAAUCAGGUCGAGACCUUGCAACAACAGAUGAGGGAAAUUCAAGCUAAGACUAUGAACGCCCAGAACACUCUGCCAGAAUUGAUGCCCCAAAAAGAUAGUGCAGACCAAGCUUCAAAAACGGGCAGAAGAUACAUUGAGACAAUUCAAAAGCAGUUGGGCGAUGAGAGAAAAGAAACGAAAAGACUCAAAGGUCUAUUAGACCAUCAGAGACAGUUUCAAUCAAGCAGUGGAACACCUAUAUUUCAGCCGGAUAAAAUCCCUCAGGCUGCCUUAAUGGGAAUCUCCGAGGAUCUAAAAAAGGCUUUGAAAGAGGAAAAGGUUAGAUCUCAGUGGUUUAAGGAGCAAUUUGCCGAUCAACAAAUGAAAUAUACGGAAGUGGACACGCGCGCUUCCUCAACGAAUGCCGUCAAGGAUGCUGCCGUAGAAGCACUAGAAAGAGAGAAAAAGAAGUCGAAAGGUUUGGAAAAAGCACUCGAGAUUGAGAAAAGGUUAAGGGAAGUUAUGGAGAGGACUUUAACUCAUGAGAGGGACUUGACGAGAGAUCGAGAAAAAGUUCCAUUAGCUCGGAAAGUUUUGGCAGAUGUGAAUGACGAAGUUUUGAACGGAACAACUCGAAGCCAAUCAGUCGCUGGUGUAUCAUCAUCGUCGAAGAAGCGGAAGCUUAAUCCAACUUUGGAGGAACUAGGAUUGGAGAGAAAAUCCUCCAAAUUUGAAGGCGAUCCCAAGAUGCCGAUGGACCGUGUCGAUAUCAUCCUGGGGCAAAAACAUUACACCCGCGAACCCUUCCAAAGCUCGUCGAACAGCAUGGUGAGAGAUGUUAUGAAGGAAAAUCUGUCGACGAAAUGUUGA